CCUCUUUAAAUAAAUCUUUCCUUUUCAGAUCUUAUGUUAUGAAACAUGCGGUUUAUAAUUUGGUUCCUUCUGGCAUUCAUGCUAAAUUACGUUACGUCUAUAGGAAGCUUUAAUACUCAGAGCAGCCAAAUUAGGAGUACCAGUAGAAUUAAUGAUAACAGUCACAGCAGCACAGAAAUUUUAUUUACUCGCACACUACUUGAUGCUGCACAUGGUCACUCGUCCCAAACUCUACUUAAUGAUGAGGAGGAUAUUUUGGAGAAUAGUGACGGUGUAAUUGAUGGAUUUACAUCGGCAAGUUUGAAGUUGGCGCUUACUGGAAACGGCGGCGGAAGUGCUCCGUCAGCGUCUGCUUUAUCGCACUCACAGUUCGGCGGUGAAGAAGUUAAAGACGUCCAUGAGAGGAGUUCAGCAGAUACCAAAAACUAUAGCAGCAUAAUUACGAGUGCUAUUCACUUCGAUACACCUUUAAAUCAUUUGGUCGUCGACACAUUCACUGGAAGAGUGUUUGUUGGUGGUGUAAAUUUUUUAUAUCAACUUUCACCGGAACUAGAAUUACACGAAAAGGUAAAAACCGGCCCAAGAAAUGACUCUGUUGAGUGUACGGUAUUAGACUGUCCAGCACAUGCUAUGCGCAGACCUACAGAUAACUACAACAAAGUACUUUUAAUAGAUCGUGCAACUUCGCGCCUGAUAGCAUGUGGAUCCCUAUUUCAAGGAACAUGUACGGUACGUAAUUUACAAAAUGUUAGUAUAGUGGAGCAGGAUUUACCAGAUGCAGUGGUGGCGAAUGAUGCAAACUCUUCCACUGUGGCAUUCAUAGCGCCGGGACCACCACAACCACCUAUCACCAAUGUUAUGUAUGUUGGUGUCACUUACACAAAUAACUCUCCCUAUCGGAGCGAGAUACCUGCGGUUGCCUCACGUUCACUGGAAAAAACUAAAAUGUUCCAAAUUGCAUCAUCGGCUGUGACAACAGGAACACGUACUUUCAUUAACUCGUAUGCCCGGGAAGGGUAUUUAAUAAAUUACGUAUAUGGCUUCAGCUCGGAGCGAUUCUCGUAUUUUCUAACGACUCAAUUGAAACAUAAUUAUCACUCCUCUCCAAAAGAGUACAUAACUAAACUUGUUCGAAUUUGUCAGGAGGACUCGAAUUACUAUUCUUACACGGAAAUCCCAAUUGACUGCAUAACUGGCGGAACUAAGUACAAUUUAGUUCAGGCUGGGUACUUGGGCAAGCCAAGCGCAGAUCUAGCCGGAAGUUUGGGUAUAACUGUUCAAGAUGACGUUUUAUAUGGAGUUUUCAGUGUUGGAGAUGGAAAUGUUUCUACUGAUAACUCAGCGUUGUGUAUAUAUUCUUUGAAAUCUAUUCGACGAAAAUUUAUGCAGAACAUAAAAUCUUGUUUUAACGGUGUAGGCUCUCGAGGACUGGGAUUUAUAUCGCCAAACAUGCCGUGUGUACCGACGAAAUUGCAAACGAUUGGAGAGGAUUUUUGUGGCCUCGACGUAAACUCGCCAUUGGGUGGUGAACAACCCAUCGCAGUGGUACCGGUUGCUAUGUUUAAUACUCGACUUACCGCGGUUGCUGCUACAAGUACCAGUGGUUAUACAGUUGUAUUCAUUGGAACCUCAAAAGGGUAUUUAAAAAAAGUAGUUGUAGAAUCGGCUGACUCCGCAAAUGAGUAUGCUAAUAUACCCAUAAAAGUAGGUUCAGCUAUCAAUCCAGAUAUGCAUUUCGAUAGUCGGAAUCUAUACAUUUAUGUAAUGUCGCGUAAUGAAGUUGCCAAAGUAAAGGUGUAUGAUUGCUCAGAUUACGGCACUUGUGGAGAAUGUUUGGGAGCACGUGAUCCAUAUUGUGGCUGGUGUUCCCUUGAAAACAAGUGCAGUCCGCGCUCUAGUUGUCAAGAUGAUGCGAACGAUCCCUUAUACUGGAUUAGUUACAAGACCGGUAAGUGUACAACAAUAACAAGUGUUGUACCACAUCAAUUGCAACGAACCACCGCAAGAACCUUAGAGCUCAUUAUUGAUCAUUUGCCGCAACUGAAAGAAAAUCUCGUGUGUGCUUUUACCACGGAGGAGAAGGCAUUAUUUACGAAUGCAACAAAAAAGCGUAAUGGUGUCAACUGUACCACGCCACGUACCGAUAUGCUGCCACAAAUAGAACAGGGUAAACACCACUUUACAGCCAAGUUAUCCGUUCGAACGAAGGAUGGGCCCGAUCUUGUUUCUACCGAUUUCACCUUUUUUGACUGCAGUACACAUUCUUCAUGCACUAGAUGCGUUUCUUCAGAGUUUCCAUGUGAUUGGUGUGUGGAGGCACAUCGUUGCACUCAUGACACUGCAGAAAAUUGUCGCAACGAUAUUCUUGUUACUGGCGUUUCCCGCAUCGGACCUAGUUACCGCUCAGGUCCUGGAUUUUGUCCUACAAUUAACGCCACUGGUGAAGGCAGUGAAAUGCUAGUUGCUGCUGGAACCAGUAAGUCCAUUAAAGUAAAAGUGCACAUAAUUGGACAAUUUAUAGUUCAAACGCGUUUUGUAUGCCAGUUUAACAUCGAAGGCCGUGUUACUAGUUUAAACGCACAACUUCUGGGAGAUACCAUAUAUUGUGACAAUAUGGAGUUUCAGUAUACUUCGCGUUCGCCGAAUUUGACUGCAACUUUUGCUGUUAUCUGGGGUGGCUCAAAACCUCUCGAUAAUCCACAUGAUAUUCAUGUUGUUAUAUAUAGAUGUCGUGAUAUGGCCGAUAGCUGUGGUAUGUGCUUGGCUUUGGCUGAAAAAUAUAAUUGCGGCUGGUGUUCAUCUACAAAUACGUGCGAAGUAGAAGAACAGUGUAACAAAAAUAACGAAGGUAAAACCGAUUGGUUGAAUCGCAUGGAAACUUGCCCAAAUCCCGAAAUACACUCAUUUUAUCCAAAGACGGGCCCGUGGGAGGGAGGCACGAAUAUUACUAUACGCGGCAUCAAUUUAGGCAAAAACUUCACCGAUAUAUAUUCAGGUGUACGUAUAGCCGGUAUUAGUUGUAUGCCAUUCCAGCAGUACUAUAUUGAUACGAAGGAGAUUGUGUGUAACGUGGAUAGCCCGGGCGUUCAAUUAUAUAGAAAUGGUCGUAUAGUUGUCCAAAUCGGCGAUUAUAGAGGCGAAUCUAAGGAAGAUUACGAGUUUGUGGACCCGAAAAUAACUAAUUUCUCACCUCAGUACGGCCCUGUUUCCGGGGGUACGCAUGUCCGCAUAAUCGGAAAAUAUCUGAAUGCAGGAUCACGAAUCCAAUCAUUCAUAAAUGAGCAUUUGCCGUGCGAGAUAAUGAGCGUAGAUGUUACACAGGCUAUAUGUCGCACUGCGCCUUCACCAGGCAUCAUUGAAGGCAGACUUAAGAUGUUAUUCGACAACGGACAACGCGAGUUCAAUGAAUACAAUUUUAAAUAUGUUCUAGAUCCCACCAUUGAACAAGUAUCAUCGGGUCCAAGUGGCCAGCUCAAAGUGCCACGAGGAAUACCGGCCGGUGGUAUUGAAAUCGCAGUGGCUGGAACACAGUUUAAUUUUAUUCAAAGUCCAAGAAUGUAUGUUUACUACAAAAAUAAGGUAUUUUAUAGUCAAUGCAAGGUUGAAUCAGCGACAGAAAUGAUAUGUUUCUCACCUGUAAUUGCAACUGAUAACGAUGUACUUGAUGCAGAAAAACCGGAAUUGCUUGAGUAUGGAUUCCUCAUGGAUAACGUGUUGCGAGUUCAAAAUCUUUCUAGUAAACAUAAAAAUCAUUUUGAGCUUUAUCCAAACCCGUUGUAUUAUAAUUUCGAAGAGCAUAUCAAAUAUUAUAAAAGCGAAUAUUUAACAAUAAAUGGCCGCAAUUUGGAUCGUGCAUGUAAGGAAACUGAUGUUGUGGUACGAAUAGGCAAAGGUAUUUGCAAUAUAACUUCACUAUCUCGCCAACAAUUAACCUGCCGUCCACCACCGGAAUCGGCUACUGAGUCUAGCAACGAACCGGGUCCAGAAGUUAUUGUUCGCAUUGGGCAAUCGUUGGAGUAUCGCAUUGGUGUUUUGAGCUAUGCAUCGCCCAAUUUAAUGCACGAUUUAAGCAAAAAUGUACUGCUAGUGAUUGGAAGCGGUACCGUCGUCAUACUAAUAAUUUUUGUCGCUCUUCUUGUUGCCUAUAAGAAGAAAACAUCCGAAUCAAACCGAGUUUUGCGGAAUAUGCAAGAGCAAAUGGAUAUAUUAGAACUUAGAGUAGCUGCUGAAUGCAAAGAGGCCUUUGCCGAACUUCAAACAGAAAUGACCGAUUUAACAGGUGAUCUUACAUCUGGUGGCAUACCAUUUUUGGAUUACCGUACAUAUGCAAUGAAAAUUCUUUUUCCAAAUCACGAGGAUCAUAUUGUAUUACAAUGGGAACGACCUGAAUUAUUACGUAAAGAAAAGGGCCUACGUCUUUUUGGGCAACUCAUCAUGAAUAAAACAUUUUUACUACUUUUUAUUCGUACACUAGAAUCGAAUCGGUACUUUUCUAUGCGUGAGCGUGUCAAUGUAGCUUCACUAAUUAUGGUUACACUUCAGUCGAAAUUAGAAUAUUGUACUGAUAUUCUGAAGACAUUGCUUGGUGAUUUAAUUGAAAAGUGUAUAGAGGGUAAAAGUCAUCCUAAGCUAUUAUUGCGUCGUACGGAAAGUGUGGCAGAAAAAAUGCUCAGUGCGUGGUUUACAUUCCUGUUAUAUAAGUUUUUAAAGGAAUGUGCCGGAGAGCCUUUGUAUAUGCUGUUUCGGGCAGUAAAAGGCCAAGUAGACAAAGGACCUGUCGAUGCAUGCACACAUGAAGCGCGUUAUUCACUUAGUGAAGAAAAACUUAUAAGACAACUUAUCGAUUUUCGCCCAAUGACGGUGUAUGCAAGCAUCAUUCAACAGCCAAUAUUUUGCAAUAGUAUAGAUAUGAUGCCAACUCAUACCGAAAAUGUUCCAGUAAAAGUGCUCGAUUGCGAUACAAUUGGACAGGUUAAAGAGAAAUGUUUGGAUACGAUAUAUCGUAAUAUUCCCUGGAGUCAGCGGCCGCGUAAAGAUGAUCUUGAUUUGGAAUGGCGCACUGGAGCUAGUGGUCGCGUUAUUCUAUAUGAUGAAGAUACAACAUCAAAAACGGAGAGUGAAUGGAAGAAACUCAACACACUACAACACUAUAAUGUUCCUGACGGCGCUGGCCUGAGUUUAGUUCCCAAGCAAAGUUCUAAUUAUAACUUUUCAAUCCUGUCUGACAAAAAUGAGAAAUGUCACAAGAAAAUAUAAUGGGGAAGACAGAAUCAAAAGUCGCCGAUAACAACGGCAACGUUGUAAAUGAGAUCGAAAUAAUAGAAACGCCAAAAGCAACUAACAUUUUGCUAAUUAUUCUUUUAACAAUUGUUCUGACAAAAUCUGCCUACGAUCUAUACCAAUCGCAUAAAGGCGGUAUAAAGAAAAAAUAUCUAAAAAGAGUCGCCUCGAUUGAAGAGAUAUAAUGAGCCCAUGGGAAACUGUUGUUGAAAAAAUUAAAAUACAGAAAAAUAUCUUUUUAAAAUCACUCAAGUGCCUCACCCUAAAUCGUUCAAUACAUAGAAAUACUGUAUUAAAACAUCUAAAAAUCUUGCAUAACAGCGUAGAAAACAUUAGAUGCAUAAUUAACGCUUAUAACAGUCGUUUUACGACAAGGCAUCAAAAACUAGCCAACGAAACAUUUAACGAUCUCAAAGAGAAAUCAAUAAAAACUCAUUAAAAUUUGGUAUAGAGCAAAAUAUUUCAAUUAAGCUAGAAAAACAAAUUGAAAUAGAUUUGGAUUCAAUACCGCAGCUAGACGACAGUAGUAGUAAAGACUCAGAUAGCAACAUAGACAAUACUAAAGAAAGUAAAAAGAUUGAGGACACCAACACAAUGCCGCAGACGGCCGUAGAGUUUCUUAGUAAUGCCGCGCGACUCAUACCAGAGUUUGACGGUAAAGCAGAAAAUGCGCAGUUUCUUGGACGCGUUGGAACUGGGGCAAUUAAUUAAGGAAGACAACGUGAUCAUAGCGAUAACCUUGAUAAAGUCCAAGCUAAAAGGGGCUACUAGAAACCUAAUAAGUAACGAAAGCACAAUAGAUCAAAUAAUAAACUGAAAAUAGCAGUCAAAUGCGAAUCAGUUGAAGUAAUAACUGCUAAAUUGAUGAACAUAAGGCAGCAAGGUAAGACAGCCAAUGCCCAUAUAAAAGAAAUAGAAGAUCUGACUAGGGCAUUAGAAAAUGCAUACAUUAGUGAUGGCUUGGGAACAGAUUUUGCCAAUAAAUACAGCACACAAGCAGCGGUCAAGGCGAUGACCAAAAAUUGCACUAACGAAAAGGUCAAAUUGGUAAUGGAGGCAGGCAAUUUGAAUAAUAGGAAUGAGGCCGUCUUAAAAUUUGUCAAUAGCUGCACAGAAACAACUGGGCAGCAAAACACAAUAAUGUUCCUAAACAAGAACAAUAAAAGAACGAACCAAUAUUGGAAUAACAAUAGUAGAGGAAAAUACAACUAUAACAAUCGCAAUCACUCCCGUGGACGCGGAAGUUAUGGAAACAACAAUUAUUAUAAUAAUAGAGGACGCUAUAAUAAUAACCAAUAUAAAAGAUGUAAUAGAUCAAGAGGAGGACGCAGUAGCUAUCAACCAUAAAAUCCAAACAACAAUGUCCGUUUAGCAACGGCACAAAGUCCGGAAAACCAACCAGAGCCCCUAGGUUAGGUUAGGUUAGGUAAGCGGGCUGCCUCCGCAAGUGGAGGCACACUUGGACUCGACUAAGCUGUCCGUUGUGAUGCCCUCAGAGGGGGGAGGAAAAAAAGGGACGCAGGGAGGGUAGGGGAAAGAGGGAGGAAGCUAUGGGAGAAAGACGACACCUAUGGCUUUUUGCCGGAGAAACGCUCUUCAGUCGACUGAUAUCCACUCCCGAGAGCUCAUCGGGAGUGUGAAAAAAGUGCAACCCAAGGUGCUCGAACCUUAGGCUCGCAAAGGUGGGGCACCAGCAGAUGUUAAGAUGAUUCCACCUCAUCAUCCUCCAUGCAUCUGGUGCAGUAAGGGUUAUCCGCAACAUUCAGCCUUACAACAUGGUUACCAAUCACACAGUGACCAGCAAACACUCCCACCAAUAGUUAGAGAUGCAGCUUGCAAGAGCUCCCCAGACCGCCCCCGGUCCACCCGUGGCCAGAAAGACUUUGCCACUCGCCCAGCGCUCUAUGAGCUGACUAAACGCCCAUCUGUCCAGAAGCAGACCACACGAGGUCAGGGACCCUCCCUAUCCGAAAGUAAUUCCUCGAGGGUUCCCUGUCUUGCAAGCUUAUCAGCCUUGCAGUUGCCAGCGAUUUCGCUGUGACCUGGAACCCAAAUAAGCUUAAUAGCGAAAUAAUCAGACGCGGUCGAUAGGGAAGUCAAACACUCCUUCACCGUUUUCGAACUCACCAUCA